AUGCUGCGUACGCUGCCGCUACUGCUCGUCGCGCUCUGGGCGUCGUUCAGCGCUGCGGUCGACGUGAGCGUCUGUCGCGAUGCCACCUACGACAUUGCCGUCGAGGCCUCGACGCUGUGCGCGGGCGCAGGCGCGUUCCCCGCCGGUACUCAGUGUCCGAAAACCGGUAAUAUCGCGAUCGCCGACUGCUACUCGUACCUUCCGUCGUACGUAGACGGGACGUGCGUGGCCCCAGAGGACGCCGUGUGUCAAGUCGUGACCGGGGACACGUGGGGUUGCGUCUUGCCUUCGAUUGGGUGCGACGACGCUAUUUUGGGCUCCCCAGGCUGUGCGAUUUGGGACUAUUUUGGGAACCUUACCGAGCAUAAACCGUUUGACGGGCAUGCCGACAUCGAUUAUGACGCUCGAUGGUUUAUACAGACGUCCCCUCUGCGCGACCUCUUGAGCUGCGGAGUAGAAGAGCCCACGCCAGCGCCGACGACGCCACGUCCGACGCCUGCUGCGACCGUUCCAGCGCGGAUUGCCACGCCGGCGCCAACGAGGCCGCAGCGAAAAAUACCGACACCGGCGCCAACGACGAGGUCAAAGGUACCGGUACCGACACCAGCACCGACGACGAGGACGAAGGUACCGGUUCCGACACCGACACCGGCACCGACGACGAGGACUGAGAUACCGGUGCCGACACCGGCGCCGACGGAGAAACCGACAGAGGCACCAAUUUGGACCGAAACCCCGACAGAGUCACCAUCGUGGACGGAGCCACCGACCGAGUCUUUGGCGUGGACAGAAAUACCGACUGAGUCACCGGCCUGGACGGAGCCACCGACCGAGUCACUGGCGUGGUCAGAAAUACCGACUGAGUCACCGGCCUGGACGGAGCCACCGACCGAGUCACUGGCGUGGACCGAUACACCGACAGAGUUACCAUCGUGGACAGAGAAUUCAACGGAGGUACCGUGGCCGACGGUUACGAACAUGACAAACACGACUGCUCCUGGGAAUGCUUCGAUUGAUUCUGACGAUGGAGGAGUUCGAGUGGGCGACAUCGACCAACGAGAUCUCACUGAUGAAGUUUCGUUGUCGGCCGUGUCGCUGUCUGUUGAUGACGCGGAGAAGUCGACAGGAUUCGGGGCUGGCACGAUCAUCGCAGUUGCAGUAGCAGCAGCUGCUGCUGCUGUUGCUGCAGUUGGUGCGAUUUAUGCUCGGAAUCGGACGCAGAUGUUCCCGGAAGUGAACGAGGCAGAUGUAGCACGCAGAGGAAGUACAGAGUACGAGAUGGUCGUGACGCCCCCUCAUGCUGCGACGUCUCCUCAAGGCUUGACGUCGCCGAGAAUUCCGUCAGUGUUGUUGAUCUGA